UAUUUGUGUGGGCAGAUCAGCAGGAGAGGCAGCGCAGCAAACAGCCCCGGGUUAUUUACCCAGCUCUGAGGGAUCGGACAUGCUAGCUCGCUCAAACAUACACCCUGCUGACAAUCAGCUCACGGGUGGCUGACAUUUUCAUUUCGCUCUCUCUCUCUGUUUCCUCCACAGGCCUGACCUUUGCAGGUGAGGCUUGUGCCGUCUGAAGGGAGGACGGGCCGGCAGAGAGAGGAGGGCACUUGAGAUGCUGUAGCCGGUUAGCCGGGCGGCCAAAUGGUCUGUUGUGUUGGAAACAUGAGCUGAAUGUAGAGCUGCAGGAAAUAUAUGAAUGUUUGCUGUUGUGCUAAAGACAAAUCCCCCAAACACCAACACAUGCUCACAUUUACACUCUUUGUCCAUCAUAAGCUCAGUUGCAUAUUACAAUAGCACAUAUUUGACCCGACCCGUGUUGCUGUCUGUGUGAUUAGUUUUGGUUCUGAGGUAUUUGAUGAGAUUUCUGGUUUGCGGUGCUCAGACUGUGAAGAGUUCUCAUGUUGCCUUUCAGUCGAUUAAAGCGAAUAUUUUUACAUUAGUAAUGGAUCAAAAGGACUGUGUGUCAAACCCGACUCUGCAGUUCCCCCAUUGUAGCAUCUCUCAGCUCUCUAUUUUGGUUUCGUGGGCUGCGACUGCACUCGUGAGGUUCUUUCACCGGACUGGUUCCCAACGCCACCCGCUCUGCACCAAACCGCAGACGACAGAGUUAUCAACUGGCUGCUGAACUAGAACACUAAAGACAAAUGAAUGCUGGACUUCAGCAGUUGGCCGGAAAUUAUUUUGCUACGUGUUUGCAAAAUCAGAAUUGAUUAAUGCAGCUUUAAAUUCAAAAUUCCACGAGAGACGGAUGUCUCAAAAACACGGCCACAUGAAACCAAACUGCAGCUUUUAAAUGUGGCUUUAGGUGAAGCAGCCCUCUGACCCGAGGCGUGUUGGACGGGUCAGCGCUAGCAAAGACUGACUGACACUCAGCCUCUGAGCUGGUAGCUGGAAACCUGUUAAAGUGUCCCAUUCAGUCUUAUUGCUGCGACGCCGUUAUCUCGGAUCGAAACUCCGACUCUUUGACAGCGGCGACGAGACCGACCGCAGCCGACCUCUGACCUCUGACCUCUGACCUCUCUGUCGGCCCAGACGCUGAUGGAGUUUCUCCGGAGACGUGCAGCACUCGGCCUGCAGUACGCCGAGUUUCACCUUUUUUACUCCACAUUUUUUUCCAGUUAGUUUAACAAAACCCUGACGCUAUAUUCAGCUGAUGAUUUAGUCUGAAACUGUGCAUGCUGAUAUUCAGCUGCAGCCCCUCCCUUCUCUGCAGCCCUAUGGGUUGUUAUAUAACAUUCAGGUCCAUCUCUGUGUAAAACACCUGAAGCCGUUUCAGUCAGACCUGUUCCUCCGACAGGUGAAAGCCGCAGGAGCCCAAAUCUGUAGUCGUGGAUGGCACUUUGCAGCCGUGAUUAAGAUCUUUGUCUCUUGUUUCACUAACGCUUCCUCAGCUCACAACCUGCCCGUAUGCGUCUGAGCAGUCGACCACAGCAUCAGCUGGUGUUUUUAGAUUCACGUCGUUAGCAUUUGCAGCUCCAUGUCUUGGCAUCCUGUGGUUGACGUCUGCACACAAACGGAGCCCAGUGUGGAAACGUUCAGGAAGUUCAUUUGGCUCCAAAUAGGAUGAAAAUGCGGCGGCACCGGGUGUUCCUGCUGUGCACGGUGGGCCUGUGCGUCAUCUCCUUCCUCCACUACUACAAGGCCCUCCACUACGUCUCCCUGCUGCGCGAGCUCUCCGCCCCCUACCCCAACAUCAAGUCCUUCAUCAUGGUCUCCGGCUUCUUCUGGAGGGAGAAGGGCGCGGGCGCCACACCGCUAAGCCCCGCCUCCCCCGAAGAGGCCCCUCCCCUACCGGUCCUCCGUCCGUCGGACACCAAAGGUCGAGCGGCGGCGGGCGCUGAGGGAGGAGGAGGAGGAGGAGGAGGAGGGAUGGCUCUGGGGAACGGCGGGGUCAUGGUUGGAGGCACGGGGCUGGAGAUGAGGUUGAGGGAGGAGCCGGCGCCUCCUCACCCUUGGGAGAAACCGGAGGAGAACCAGCGGCUCGGCGCUCCGGAUGAGGAGCGAGCCGAAGACCGUCUGAAGCCGCGAAACCCCAGCCGCCCGGCCCGGCCGGCAGGGCCUGACCUCCCGGAGGUCCCGCUGGUGGGAAAGGAGCAACUGGACGCGUUGCACAAGAAUCCGUUGCCUGACCCCUUGGAAGCCAUGGGAGACCUCCACACCCGCACACACCAGCUCCAGCAUGACAGAACCCCUUACUUUGUGCGAACCAAAGCGGGAGCCCUUUGCUUCAGACAGGGGACGGAGGUGGCCACCCAAAAGGAGUACUCUGGGAAAUUAGGGGGCCCCGUGGCUAACGGAGGAGGGGACGGCGGCGCUCGAGCCGCCGGGCAAAGGAAACCUCUGGAGGUCCAGCAGCCGCCCUCCAUCGCUCCGAAGGCCAAGGCCAGGACCAGGGGCGGCGGGGGCGGCGGCGGCAAGCGGCUGGUGAAGUGCGUUUGUCGGCCGGGAUGGCACGGACCUUACUGCGGGGUUCCCACCAUGGUGUACCACUCCAAUCUGCCCACCAAGGAGCGGCUGACACCCAGGGAGACCCCGCGCAGGGUGAUCAACGCCAUCAACAUCAACCACGAGUUCGACCUGCUGCAUGUGCGCUUCCAUGAGCUCGCACAAGCCGUUGAUAUUUUCCUCAUUUGUGAAUCCAACUUCACCGCCUACGGAGAGAGACGGCCUCUGAGUUUCCUGCGGCUCCUGCUCAACGGUACGUACGACUACGUACGUCACAAGAUCCUCUACGUGUUCCUCGAUCACUUCCCAGAGGGCGGUCGGCAGGACGGCUGGAUCGCCGACGACUACCUGCGCACCUACCUGACACGCAACGGCUUGUCCAGGCUGGCGGGCAUCAGAUCGGACGACGUCUUCGUCAUCAACGACGCGGAUGAAAUCCCGGCACUCGAGGGCCUCCUUUUCCUCAAGCUGUUUGACGGCUGGACGGAGCCUUUCGCCAUCCACAUGCGCAAGUCCCUGUACGGGUUCUUCUGGAAGCAGUUCGGCUCUCUGGAGGUGGUGUCGGGCUGCACGGUGGGGAUGCUCCGUGGCGUCUACGACGGCGACGGCAUCAAGCUCCGCCGCCGCGAGUACUACACCAUGCCGGGUUUCCGCAAGUACGAGAACGACACGGGCCACAUCCUGGUGCAGUGGUCGGUGGGGAGCCCCUUCCACUUCGCCGGGUGGCACUGCUCCUGGUGCUUCACGCCCACCGGGAUCUACUUCAAGCUGGUGUCGGCUCAGAACGGGGACUUCCCGCGGUGGGGCGACUACGAGGACAAGCGCGACCUCAACUACAUCCGCGACCUGAUCCGGACGGGGGGCUGGUUUGACGGCUCCAUGCAGGAAUACCCCCCUGUGGAACCCAAAGAGCACAUGUACGCCCCCAAGUACAUGCUGGAGCACUACGACAGGUACCGGUACCUCCUGGAGAACCCUUACAACAAAGGGUCCAGACUGAGUGAGGGCUAGGAGGUCAGCUAGGAGACUUAACUAGCAGGACCGAGGGAGGCCUCAGCACUGAGCGGUACUGAAGUACAUCUCUCGUUGGAGCGAUGCCACUCGUAUCUCCACCAGGCAGCACUGAUGUUGCAGGAACUGAAAAAUCGUUAUUUUGGGGUCAAAAAAAGGGAACACUGUCAUCCACUAUGGAUUUACGGAGAGAUUGUGGAGAGGAUACAACCACUGGAGAAACAAAAUCAUAGAUUUCCUCACUCCUCCCUUUUUGGGGGAGGAGCCUAGCUGUCUCUCUUUUUCGCCACCCUCGCCCCUCUCCUCUCUUUCUCCAGCCGAGCUGACUGGACGCACCGUUUCUGAGAGAAAGGGGCAGCUCGGAGGUAAAGACAGCGAUGUUUCACAGCCGCGUGGAGGCGAAGAGGCAUGGUUUCUUUCUUUUUCUGUCUGUGUUUACUAAAGUUUUCGGGACCGGCUGGCGUUCCCAAUCUCUUCCUGUCUUCCUGUCAUGCUUGGUGACCUCCUUCCAGAAACAGACACAUAUUCAGAUAUUCUUGGGUCUCAGUAGAAAAGUGUAAACCCUGUUAAACCCACUGCCAAACGACAUGUCUCUGCUCACACUGCACCUUCAGCCCCGCCUCUCUGUGUUUGUGUGCGGCCUGUCUUUGUGUCAUAAUUGCGUUGCUUCAAUGGGGGGGGGGGGAUCGCCAGGGGAGGUCGGUGGAGGAGAUGGGAAACAGUGCAAGAGAGACAGAAGGCGGGAGAGAAAGGAGAGUAAUGAGGGAGGACGGGGAGCGGUGAUAAAAAGAAAAAGGAGACUCCCUCGACGUUCCCGGUGUCCCACAGUGUCUGCUGACGCACGAGUUGUUGCAGGGAUGAGUGUGUGUCUGUGUGUGUGUGUGUGUGUGUGUGUGUGUCUCUCAGAGCUCACGCACAUCUCUGAAUAAAUCAUGCCAAUCCGAGACGGAUGAGACUCGCCGGUAUUGGUUUUUUUUGUCCGACAAAGAACAAUCGAGACUGAAGAAAGAUCUCUUCAGUUCGUUCGUCCGGGCAGCUGAGAUGAGUUUUGUUUCCUUGGAAACUGAAGUGUGUGUGAGAGACGGUGCCGGCGUCGGGAUGAGUGGGAGGGUUCACAUCAGGCGAGAGGAGCAGCAGCGUUCAAACGAGGUCGCCGUCGACCGUGGGUCUCCUCGGCUGUCAGUCGCCCACUCUCUGAAAAAGGACUCCAAGCGUUUCCUGUCGUCUUUCUUUCUCUUUUUCUCGCCGCCGAGUGUUUUCCUUUUGUUUUGGUGUCGGUUUCCUCUUAAUCCUCAUUCACGAGCCGUAGGUCGUCUCCCUGCAUUGCAGUGGUUUCUUUAGUGCUCGUUCAGAGACGCUCAUCGCUCGCUGAGUCCAGGGAGGUGAAGAAGUGUUCGGUUGUAACGUCACUAUGUUCACAUGGUUUCUCCAUGGCCCCGCCCCUUUAGCUCCAAUGGGAGGAGCGAACGUGAACACAGAUUACGACCGAUUCUUCCGCUCCAUAGUCACCACAGUAAAAUAUUGGACCCGCUUCUUACAAGCCACGUAUCUUCUUCAACAUUCGGACACUGAAAUCAACAAUCAGGAUUCUUAACAUCGUUUGAGCUGAGCAACACACUUUUAGUGAGUUCAUCUCCGUCAGAGAGAGAAACACUCACAAGACUCAAAGUCACUAUCUGACCCCAAACCAUCCAGCCUGUUGGGUUCCUUCUGCUCACAGCUCAUCAGUAUGUCCAGAAGUGAACCGCAAUCAAUAAGCAGCGGCCCGAAGAGCCCUGAAGCUCCGCCCCCUCUGCUGCACCGCUUCUUUAUUUUUUUUCAAAUUUUAAUAAAAUUGUACUAAAUUCAACACGUCCAGCGUGAAGUGAAAGAAAACACAAAUACAGCUUUAAAUUUAGAUUCUUCUCUACACAUCCCACACACAAACACACACACACACACACACAGGCUCUCACACUCCAUCUUUGGGUGUGUUUCUACUUCCUCUUAAUCCUCACGAGAAUGUGUCGUUUCAGUAAUAGGGAUAUAUUCAUCCUCCCCUCGUGCCCACAGACCCCUGUUAUCUCAACAUGUAGGGCUCGAGCGCCGUGGACGGGCUGUCGAUGUGGCUGGAUUGCCCCCCUUAUGUGGGCGUCUCACGUGGGCCGGGGACACGCCAGCGUUUAGCGUCCUUGUCCGGGGGCGAAGGAAUCACAGCAGCACGAGGAACGAUGCCAGAGAUCAGUGAAGUAGGCAGACGAACAUUGCAGCAGACGGAUGAGUAGAAGUAAAAUAAAACGGCAGACGCGUCUACUUUUCUUUUAAUUGCAGAUUGACUGCAUCCACCAUCUGCUUCUCUCAACGCCUGUCUGGGCUCCACGCUUAUCGUGUACCUCAGCAUCACAGUGAGCAGUGCCUCGAGAGGAAUAAACAGCGUUCUGAGAAUAGUUUAAAUCCUGAAGGCAGAAGUUUGAUGUUGUAGCCAAACAAUGCUGUUCUUUCCUCAAAGUGUCCUUGAGCUCCACCUCCUCAUUCACCAUUUAGUCCCUCUGCACCGCGUACCACGGAAGCCUCGACCACCGCAUGGGUAACCAAGCUGAGAUUGCAGCACGUCUGUCUGUCGGGCUGGCUGUGAGCUCACAGUUUUUUGGGGGAAAGCAGAUUAGCCGACAGGCCGCUUGGCGGUUGCGUCGGGUCCGACGGCAGCGCGGUCUGCGGCAGCAGCUGUUGGGGGUUUGGUGUCGGCGCUGAGAGCCAAACUCCCGAUCCAAGAACCCCAGAGAGGCUGCAGAGAGACGAGCUGUAAAUAGGACUUGACAUCAGCCGACCGAGGAGACGAGAACAAUGCUGAAGUAUUUAUUGGUUUUGCUUCUUAAUUCGAUUUACUGCCUUUUAAAAAGCUGCUGAUUGAUGGCGACUGAUAACACGGGUGCUGCAGUUUAGAGGGAAGAAAGCAACAGAGUUAUCAGAGUGGAUUUAUUUUAAAGAUGUUGAUUCAGGGAGUUAUUCAAAAUGGAUGGUCGUGGACCAUUUUAGUUUGAAUCACAUCGUUUAACCUGCUUUAUUGGGUGUUGAAUUUGGUGCUCUAAAACCUGCAUUCUCUCUAGUGACCACCAGGGGGCGACUCCUCUGGUUGCAUAGAAGUCGAUGGGAGGAAAAAUCACCCAAAGAAACCACAGAACCCGUCGUCGCGUUCGGUAGAAUAACUGCUUUUUACAGUUUGAGUGUUUUUCAUCGAUUUGACGAACUCGUCGCAGCAAGCAGUGGAAAGCGUUUUGGAUGACGGGAGCAGCUCAUCAUCCCGUAGGAGAACGAGGUGGACGUACCGGAGUCAGAGGGGCCGUGUCUUGCUCAAGGACACUUUGGCAGAUUGUUAUGUAUAUGUGUGUGUGUGUGUGUGUGUGUGUGUGUGUGUGUGUGACCGUCUGACUGAUCGCAGCUCUGGCUCGGCGCCUGCUGUCAUGUUUGUCGUCAUCGUUCAUAAAAUCAAUAAAGCAGUGGGAAAUGAAAUGGCUGCAGCCUUUUUAACCACAACACAGCUUCAUGAUUCACUUUGUUUUCAAUACUUUAGCAUCAAACGCUCUCCAAAGAUACGAUACUUCGGCUUUGAAUUCAGUCGUCUCUCCGAUGCCUUUAGUACCUUUCAGUUAUUGAUUAUUAGCAAAAGGGAAACGGAUUCACUUUGUACUGAAUGCAGCUCGUCUGCUACAGUUCACUUCAGUAUUUAGUUCAUCAU